AUGAUGUCAUCGCCGGGCGAGCAUGAGCGCGCGAAGCGGGGUGGUGAAGACGCGGACAUGGCGGCCCCCGUGCGUGCCACAGGCUCCUCGCUGUUUGUUCGCGGGUUGCCUCGCGACGCGAACGCCGCCGGGCUCGAGGAGGCGCUCGGGGAGUUCGGCCCCAUCAGGCAGUGCUUCGUGGUCACGGAGAAGGGCUCCCCUCACUGCAAGGGCUUUGGCUACGUGACGUUCGCGCUGCCCGCUGACGCCGCGCAGGCGCUAAAGGGGAAGGUCGAGUACCAUGGACACAAGCUCGUCACCACCGUCGCCAAGAAGAAGCCCCCGGUCAAGAAGACCAAGCCCUCUAAGACCGAAGCAGAGGAGGCCCCGACGGCGGAGGAGCCGGCGUGGGAGAAGCAGCCGAGGCAGCGGCCGACCCUUGAGCUCGCCGGCCUGCCCCCAACGCUGGACCCGGAGAUGCUGGAGUCGCUGUGCAGGCAGCGUGCCGGGGUGCUGGACGUGGCCCGUGUGCCCGACCACCCGACCAAGGCCCACGUCAGCUUCUCCACCGUGCGGGAGGCCACCACCGCGAUGACUUACUGGCAGCAGAACCUAAUCCAAGGCAAACGCGUCUCGGUAGGGUUGCUGUACCGGCCGGGCAUCAUGAAGAAGUCUCGCCUUCGUGCCCGUCUCAUCGUGCGCAACCUCAGCUUCAAGUGUUCACAGGGCGACCUGAAACGAGCGUUCUCUCCUUUUGGAAUCGUGCUGGAGGCGAACAUCCCAAAAAAACCAGAUGGGAAGAUGAAGGGGUUUGGCUUCGUUCAGUUCACCAGCAUGCCAGACGCCACCAAGGCUCUGAAGGAGAUGAACAGCAAGGAGAUUAAAGGACGGGCCGUGUCCGUGGACUGGGCCCUGGCCAAGGACAAGUAUGAGUUGGCCAAUGCAUCCAAGGCACCUGGAAAGAAGGCAGAGGGCAAGCAAGGUGCAAUAAAUGAAGGGAGCAAGGGGCCCGCUGGAGAUGAGGAGGAGGAUGAUGAGGAUGAUAAGGAUGAUGAGGAUGACGAGGAUGAUAAGGAGGAGGGGGCGGAGCGUGUGGCCCAGGCGGCGCCACCCGGGCGGGAGACGCGAGCAGGGCCGCGGAGCGGAGACGGCGACUCGCAGAGUGAAUCCGGCUCGGACGAGGGCAGCACUGCAGCCUCCGACGACGACGAUGACGACGUGGAAGGGCACGACGGCUCGGAUGACGAGUCGGACGAUGAAGACGGCUCGGACGAUGAGGACGACGACGAGGAGAGUGACGGUGAAAAGAAGCGUGCGGUGAAUCGCAACCUCCCCAGUGACGUGGGCGAGGGCAAGACGGUCUUCAUCAGGAAUCUCUCCUUUGACUCUGAGGAGGGCCCCCUGGGCGAGGUGCUAACCAAGUUUGGGAAGCUGCGCUACGUUCGCGUGGUCCUGCACCCUGACACGGAGCACUCGAAGGGUUGCGCGUUCGCUCAGUUCCACACGGCGGAGGCGGCGCAGGCGUGCAUCGCCGCGAGCCAGGGCCCCGAGGAGGCUGGUGGCCUGGCUCUAGACGGGCGCCGUCUGGUGAUGUGUUUGGCCGUGAGCCGCGACGAGGCCCGCACGCUGGCCGACAAGAAGGACGCAAAGCCGACCGACCGGCGCAACCUUUACCUGGCGCGCGAGGGCCUGAUCCGAGCUGGAACGGCAGCAGCUGAAGGUCUCGGCUCAGCUGACCUGGCCAAGCGAGAGAGGUUUGAGCAGCUAAAGCGGCAGAAGCUGCGGCGCGUCACCGUGUUCGUGUCGAGCACGCGCCUCUGCGUGCACAACAUCCCCAAGUCGGCGGACGACAAAAAGCUGCGCUCCAUCUUCCUGUGCGCUGGCGGACCAGGUGCCCGCAUCACCGAGUGUCGUAUCAUGCGCGACAUGCAAGUUGUGAACAGCCGCGGGCUGGGCCAGUCGAAAGGCUUUGGCUUUGUGGAGUUUGUGGAGCACGAGCACGCAUUGACGGCGCUGCGCAGCACCAACAACAACCCGGCCAUCUUCGGUCCAGCCAAGCGCCUGAUCGUAGAGUUCUCCCUUGAAGACCGGGUGAAGCUCAACGCAAAGGAGGCCCGAUUGCUCAAGAGUCGGCAGAAGCAGGUGGCCGUGAAGGGGAAAGGGAAUGUGGCGAUGGAUGUAGCAGGAGGGGGUGCAGGAGGAGUAUGGAAGGGCAAGGCUUCUGGGAAUGCCAAGGGACAGAAAGGGAUGAGCGCCGUGGCUCAGGAGAGCCGAGGAUCGGAGCCGCGCAAGACAGGGGCGCAGGAGCCCGGGAGGGCGAAGGUCGGCGCCGGGGGAGCCGUGGGGAAGGGGGGGGGCGGCACUGGCCGGUGGGCCGGCUUCCAAACACGUGUGGAGGAGCAGCGCCAGGAGGAGGGAGACGGUCCGCGCCGGAAGCUACUGCCACUGCCUUCACACUCUGGGCCCAAAAUCCGAAAACGCGACAAGGGGAAGCCGUUGGCCAUGAAGAGAGACCAGAAACCUAAGAACAAGAAGAGCAGAGCCGAGAGGAGAAGUGGUGGGGCAGGGGGGGAGGGGCUGCCACAGCAGGCGGUGUCACGCGUCCCAGCUCGAGUGGCACCGGCGCAGCGAACAACUCCGGCGCAGCGAACAACUCCGGCGCAGCGAACAACUCCGGCGCAGCGAACAACUCCGGCGCAGCGAACUCCGGCGCAGCGAACUCCGCGAGCGGAGAAGCGAGCGCACCAGGCGGACCACGCGGAACGCCGUUUUGGAGAUCUUGUCAAGCGCUACAAGCAGCGAAUAUUUGGCUCGGAGCAAGCGGCCAUGCGACCCAUGGCCAGCAAGUGGUUCCAAGAGUGACCGCAGCAAUCCCCAACACCGCACGCUUGCACCAGACACGGGCACACGCGUACCCAAACACACACAUUUACCUAGGCACCUCCGAUUAGUAUGGUUGGCUACGUAGAGUGCGAAAGAAGUUCAACAUACAUACGUCAAAGACAUGGGCUUCAUAUCAGGCCACUCUGCCUGAACAUGGGCUUUCAAGAUAAUAUUAUUACCGAGAUCCGUAUUGAAUAGAACGUUUAUUGGUUUGCCACUGCACAUAUGAAACUGUCUCGCAAUAAACGUCCACCUUUUUACCACA